AUGGAACAGAAAAAAUUUAAAAAAAAUUCAGAGCUUACAUUUGAAAUUAUAAAGCAGAGGGUUUAUAAAUACGUUGAAGAUAUGUCUUUACAAAAUGUUGAUAAAAAUUAUUUUAUUGAUAAGGUAUAUAAUGGAUGGUGUGAAGAUAUGUCUUCAUUUGAAAUGAUCACUUUUGUAAGUGAAACGGCUGCUUCUAUGAUGACAAUAAAUCCUGAAUAUGGAAAAUUAAGUGCAAGAAUUUUAAUUUGUCAUUUACACGAAAUUACUUUCAAUACAUUCAGUGAAAAAAUAAUUUAUUUGCAAAAAUAUAGAAAUAUUAUAAAUCCGGAAAUAUACGAGAUAGUUGUAAAAAAUAGAGAAAUUAUUGAUGAUAUAAUUGAUUAUACAAAAGAUUAUGAUUUAACAUUUUUUUCCAUUACAAGUUUAAUGAAGUCAUACCUUUUCAGGGUAAAUGAUGAAGUCAUAGAAAGACCUCAAGAUAUUUUUAUGAGAGUUGCCUUACAAAUUCAUAGAGAUAAUUGGGAAAAAGUAAAAGAAACAUACGAUUUAAUGAGUAAUCAUUAUUUUACACAUGCAACACCUACCUUAUAUAAUUCGUGUACAAUAAGGUCACAACUUGCUAGUUGUUUUUUACUUUCUCCAAUUAAUGAUUCUAUUGAAGGUAUUUAUGAUACACUUAAACAGUGUGCUGUUAUAUCAAAACAUUCUGGUGGUAUAGGAUUAAAUCUUCAUAGUAUUAGAUGUAAUGGUUCUGAUUUGGUAUCUACUGGUGGAAAAAGUCGAGGAAUUAUUCCUCUUAUUCAAGUGAUUAAUUCUACUAAAAAAUAUAUUAAUCAAGGUGGCAAUAGAAGAUCAAGUAGUAUGGCAAUUUAUUUAGAACCUUGGCAUAAAGAUAUUUUUGAUUUUUUAGAUUUAAGAAAAAAUACCGGAAGUGAAGAUAUUAGAGCUAGAGAUAUUUUUACUGCAUUGUGGAUAAAUGAUUUAUUUAUGGAAAGAGUUGACAAAAAUGAAGAAUGGUCAUUAUUUUGCCCAAACGAGGCUAAAGGUCUCGAUGAUGUUUGGGGCGAGGAUUUUAAUAAAUUAUACACAAAAUAUGAACGAACAAAAAAUAGAACGGUUGUUAAAGCUAGAAAAUUGUGGAAGGCAAUAAUUGAAGCACAAAUAGAAACAGGUACACCAUACAUGCUUUAUAAAGAUACAUGCAAUAGAUUAAGUAAUCAACAAAAUUUGGGCAUAAUAAAAUCAUCAAAUUUAUGCGCAGAAAUAAUUGAAUAUUCCGAUAAAAAUGAAAUUGCUGUUUGUAACCUGGCAAGUGUUUGUCUUUCACGUUUUGUAAGAGAAGGAAAAUUUGAUUUUGAAGAGCUGUCAAAAAUUGUAAAAGUUAUAACAAGAAAUCUAAAUAAUUGUAUUGACAGUACAUUUUAUCCUGUAGAAGAAUGUAAAAGGAGUAACUUUAGACACCGACCUAUUGGAAUAGGUGUACAAGGAUUGGCAGAUGCUUUUGUACUAAUGCGAUAUCCUUUUGACAGUCAAAAUGCUAGAGAUUUAAAUUUUAAAAUAUUUGAAACAAUUUAUUAUUCCGCUCUUGAAGAGUCAGUUGAACUUGCAAAAGAAUAUGGUCCUUAUGAAACAUUCGCAGGCUCUCCGUUAAGUAAAGGAAUUUUUCACUUUGAGUUAUGCAAAAAAAAAGUUCCAAAUUUAGAAAAAUGGAAUUUACUUAGAGAAAAGAUAAAAAAGCAUGGGGUGAGAAAUAGUCUUCUAGUAUCUCCUAUGCCUACUGCUAGUACUUCUCAAAUUUUUAAUAAUAAUGAAUGCUUUGAGCCAUUCACUUCAAAUAUUUAUACUAGAAGAACACAUGCAGGAGAGUUUCAAAUUGUCAAUCAAUACUUGUUGAAAGAUUUAAUUAAUUUAAAUUUAUGGUCUCAUGAAAUGAAAAACCUGAUUAUUGAAUAUGAAGGAUCAAUACAAAAUAUUAAAUCUAUACCACAGGAUAUUAAAGAUCUUUAUAAAACUGCAUGGGAACUAAAAAUGAAGCAUGUGAUAGAUUUAGCUGCUGAUCGUCAGCUUUUUAUCGAUCAAUCUCAGUCAUUAAAUUUAUUCGUGGCACAGCCCACUUAUUCUAAACUAAGCAGUAUGCAUUUUUAUGCAUUUAAGAGCGGAUUAAAAACUGGCAUGUAUUAUUUAAGGACACGACCAAUUACUUCAGCUAUUAAAUUUACUGUUGAUCAAAAAUUGCUAGAAAAGACAAUGAGUAGUAUUAAUGAUAAUGAUGAAGUAUGUGAUGCAUGUUCUGCUUAA